UGAAAUGUUUUCUGAACGAUCAUCUCCUUUGUGAUAUUUUACAGAACAUGGAAAUGUUGGUACGGUAUAACCCGUGGAAUAAACCAGGGGCAGGAGCACCAAUGGAAAAUUCAAAGAGGACUAAAUUCAUAGAAGAACAACUGGGCAACAAUGAUAAAUUAGACGACAACGUUUUAGGGAACACAUUGACUGGAUUUGGUAAGCCUGGCGCUGGUGCCCCCCAUCGUACAAAAUCUGGUCGUAUAAAAACUCAGCUUUUUGGAGAUCCAGAAAUCCGGUUUCAAGACGCCCAAAAGGUCCGUCUCAGUAUUGAAAAUCAACUUCGGUACAAGAAUCCCGAUAAAGAUAAUCCCAUAAACUCCCAAGAGAGUAGAAAACAGAGGCAACUGGCAAAAAAGAAACAACGAAUGCAGUUAGAAGAUAUGCAGAAAGCCAGUCUUAAAGAGGAAUUCCAGCCGUGGGGCAAAGGUUUUGGAAAUCCUGAACGAGACGAAGGAGGAAACGUUCGUAGACAUAAGUUUUCAAAUUCCGUUCAACAUGGGGUUAUGGAGCCUCGUCCUCCAUCCCGAGAGCUAGGCGUGGCUUUGCCUCUUAGUAGCCGUGGUGGAAAUGGGGCUCCUCAGGUGACUCUUAGCGGAAACCCGAAAACCCGUCUGCGAAGUACCCUAGGAGUAAUAGGAACUUCUGGCCAUUUUGUUGGAGAUGAGGGCUCGACACCUUGUGGUGAAAAGGAGAAUUACAAUCCGUGGGGAAAGCCUGGAGCUGGUGCUCCUUUAAAAGAUAAUAAAGGGAUUGGGAAGGAUUUCAUGGAGAAAAUGGGAUGGUCGAUGUCUGGGAAUCCAAAGAAAAGAAGCCAAGAAUCAAAACGAAAUUAUCUAAAGUGUUUGCUUCAAGAAACGGAAGAGAAGAAGAACCGGGAUAUGAUGGAGAAAAAGCAACUAAAUGACAGUGGAAUGGCUUUGGUGUCGUUGAUUCGAGCAAAAGUUGUUGGUCGUCCGAGGAAGGAUCCCGUAACUGGAGAAUUACUCAGUCACCCCAGGGGUGUCUCAGAUAUUACUGCAGCGAAAUUAGACAUCAGACGACCCAGAUCUGAGGAAAGUACAGAAUACCACAAUUACUUAACUAGUCAGGCAGAAGCUCGUCGACGUCAGCGACAAGAGCAAAAGGAACAAGAAAUACGGGAACACCAACAGCAUCUGGAAACCUGGAAUUCCUUGUGGGGUAGAGGGGGAAGCGGGGCUCCUAUUGAUCCUAAUAACCAUCAUAAGCCCAACCUCGAGUCCAUGUUGAACAAUUCCGGUCCGGGGGUAGCUGAACCUUACGUUAAGCAUUAUACCCAAGAGAUAGUUCCUAGCAAGCAUUGCAAUCGUUACGAGUUAGAAACCGAUCCGUUUAAAGUUAUAACU